UAUUAGUUUCAGAAUAUAUAAGUAUAUAGUUUAAUAAUAAUAAUAAUAAUAAUAGACACCACACCACGUCUUUCUCUUUGUCUGAAAAGGGCGAAGCCCUCUUCUCGUAUCGCGUAGUAGUUGCUACUUUCUCUUUCUAAUUUCUUUUUGUAAUAAGAGAGAGAAAAUCGAAAGAAAAGGUGAAGAAACAAAGAACAACAAGAACUACGACUAAUCAUGGAUCGAUGUCCCGGUAAGAGAGUUACAGCUGGCGGUGGCACGAUUAUGUCGCCCAAAAAAGCAUAUUCCGUUGCUUAUAAAGGCACAUCAAACGAAGGGGAUCAAAACACUCAGUUUUGCAACCGAAUUGGAUGCAGCGGAAGAAUCAAAUGCAGUCAAAAUCCAAGAUUUGGAAGCUCCGAUUGCAAUUCAAGAACCAAGUGCAAUGCAAAUCCAAGAAUCGGAAUCUCCGAUAAUAAUAAAGCCAAAUAUGCGAAGCCCACUUUCUCCUCUUCAAACGGAAGCGAAGCAAACCGGAAUUCCUCUAGGGUUACUCCCGUUUCGACCGCUGGUGCAAAAAAAUCGAAUCUUGAUUCAAAGCGAAAGAUGCCUUCUCAAUCAAAACCCGAUCCCUCGGAAAGUAGCAGUCUUUCGAGCGAAUCGGAAUCGGUGAAAAAAUCUGAAGAAGGGCUUAACACUUCGGAAUACGGGAGUUCUAGUGUAUCUUCGAGCAAUAAUAAUAGACCUCGAAAAAUAUUUCAGCAUAAAUACGGAUUAUUAAAGAACCAAAACACCCCUCAUUCGCCAUCUUCAUCCCUUCCAUCAACUUCUAGAAGCUCCCCACAAGGGCCGUUCAAUAGGGGCAAAUACGGAAUCAGGAAUCUGAAAUGCAAUUCGAUUUCGGACGUCGUACGUCCUAAUAGCGAAGUGGGACCCGUUGGUAAAAAUUCGAUGAAGAGGAGAAGUGUUGAAGGAGAAAGUAGUCUCUCGAGUAGGUGGAGAAACAAUAGUGGUAUUUCUAUUUCCGAUUCGACGAGUGCGAACGCGAGAACAAGGCUUUCUCAACACCGACAGAAUGGACGAAAUGCCGGUAAUGAAAUAGCCUUUAAUGGUGGCGGAAAUCCGUUAAGGCAGUUUUCUGCGAGUGGGCCCCGACAUUCUAGUAAUUCGAGUGGUAGUGGUAAUAAUUCGUCCACUUCUGAUGAAACGGGGUUUGCGCAGUUGAUGAGUCAUCGGUAUAAUAUGGAUGGAAUUGCUGAGGUGCUAUUAGCUCUUGAGAGGAUCGAACAAGACGAAGAGCUGACACAUGAGCAAGUACUUGCAUUGGAAACCAGUUUAUUUCUAAGCGGCCUCAAUCUCUAUGAUCAACAUCGAGACAUGAGAUUGGAUAUCGAUAAUAUGUCAUACGAAGAUUUAUUAGCUCUAGAAGAGAAGAUGGGUACAGUCAGCACAGCGCUCCCAGAAGAUGCUUUGUCGAAAUGCAUUAGGAGAAGCGUAUAUAAGGUGGUGGGCCCACCCAAAGUACAAAUUACAGAAUCGGACGACGAUGAUAAUGACAUCAAAUGCAGUAUUUGCCAGGAGGAAUAUGUGGUGGGGGACGAAAUCGGAAAUUUGGUGGAAUGUCAACACGGAUUUCACGAAAAAUGUGUGAAUCAUUGGCUUCAGAUGAAGAAUUGGUGCCCGAUCUGUAAAUCUUCGGUGGCUCCAUCGAAAUUAUCGUCGUCUUAGUGUAAUAAAAGUUGUUAAUAUACAGCUGCAUUUCUUGAAAUUUUUUUCCUUCUGUUUUUUAUUUUUAUUUUCAUUUUAAUGGUCACAGUGUAAAUAAUUCUCUGUUGUGUAUUUGUUCACUGUCUGCACAUAUAUGCAAGUGCAGUUAUUCAAGCAUCCAUUUUGGUUUGCUUUCUAAUUUUAUCAUUUAUUGUAACUCUUUUAUAUAUGUAUAUAUGUGUGUGUAUAUAUAUACACAUAUAUGUUAUGUAUGUAUUUUGAAUUGUAGAUGUUU